UAAUAUGCUACAGAGAAGGUGAUUACCACAAUGCUUGGUCCAUCACAAUCACUAAAUGUUAGCUUAAAAAUAAAUAGCUCUUUCUGUCUCUGGCCGUUGGUUCUGUCCACCUGCAGUGGAUGGAUGGUCGUGCAGAAGUGCUCCAGCUUCCUGAUCAAGAGGAACAAGCAGACACAUAACACAGAACUCAAUAACCUGAAGGCUCGUAACUACUCCUGCUACAGUGGGCUGAUUCACGACAAGACUGUGAGUGUGGAGCUGGUGGCUGAUGGCAAAGGUGUAGUGGUGGCCGUGAAGGGGAAAUCCAGCCAGCAAAAGCCCGCCACCUCCUCCCUGUGGCCUGUCACCAAAAAGAUUGCCCAGGGCACUCUCAGCAGCAUCAGGCACAUGAUCUACAAGAACAAGCCUGAGAUGGUGAAGAGGGAGCAGGUCGCCCUAUCAAGAGCUCCUGAAAGCCUACCCCCCAACUCCAAAGCAAUAAAGAUGUCAGCCACCUAAAAAAUAAAUAAAUACACAUAAUGCUUCAUACAGAUUGAAAUAUCUGCCUAGGCUUCCUAUUGACCUCAUCAUCUUAAAUGUGAAUCCAAGAUGUAAGCUUCAUAAAAAUCUGUACAGUUGACCCUAAUGAAGACUCAAAUGUCUGUUUUAGUGUGAUGCA